AUGGUAAUUGGAAUAAAAGGCAAUCUCGCUUAUUACAACAAAAUAUAAUUAAUUCAUUUAUUUUAUGGAGGAGGAAUAAUAAAUCUUUCGAAAUAUGGAGAUAAUAUUAUUCUUAGAUGCAUGGUGGAUAAUAAGAUCUAUUAUUUGCUCGCAAGAAACGAACAGUACCUCAUGGAAACAAAGCUUUAAUUGGGUAAUUCUUGCACAUUUAACAUGUACAAUUUCCCUUAACACAUGGUGUUCACAGUAUUCCCCAAACUUUUAUACGAAGCACAAAAAAAAUACAAUUCAGACAAGUCCAUUGGAGCCUCUUUUGAUGUUUAGAAACAACUUCUGUACACGAGAAUGGAAACCGAAAAAAAAUAUAAUCAAAAUCUGUUGAAGCAAACCAGAGGGUAAAAAAUAAUGUACGGAGAUACAAUAAUGCUCUAUUAACCAUUGAGUUAAGUCUUUUUACUAAGAGCGGAGAACAAUAAUUCAAAUUCAAAUAUCGGAACAAUUUUGAGUUCUUCAAUGUACUUCACAGUUCAACCUGAUCCCUUGGCGUUAGACAUUAAAUAAGGAUGUCCAGUACACUCUUUCGAUCAAUUCCUUCUAGUUCAAAGUGACACAAUAUUGAAAUUUGACACCUUGCAAGAAAUUUACCGCCUGCCUGAAGUAGUGAAAUCUUAGAAUCUUGAUCACAAUAACGAAUUCCUAACCAUCCCAGCCAUGAUUGAGAAUCAAUACUAAUUCAAGUUUUACAAGGCUCAAUACAAGCAAUUCACAACUGAUUCAAAAGAGUCCAUCAGCCACAACACUCUUCAAGCAAUUGUAUUGAAAUAAGACAAAGACAAAAAUCAUUUGUUCUACGGUCAGUAUGUACGCAUAGUGCACAUGCAAUAGAAGAUAAAAAAAGAGAGGUAGGAAUCAAGGAGAAGAUCAAUCAAAAUUGAGGAAGCUUAAGAAAACCAAAUUAAUAAAGGUUACUUGACAUCAUCGAUUAAUGCAGUUGGAUGCUACCCCUCAGUUUAUCUAUAGAUUAACGACAUCUAGAAUUCUGAUUCAAUCGAAAGGGCAGCAUCUAUCUUCUAGAUCUUGCCAGAAAAUGACCAAAAGUAUAGUGAUGAAGUUUAAUUUACUGUUGGAAAUAAACCCAAUUUGGUAGGUUACACUACUUUCCUGCUUAGACACAUGUUAACAGGGGAAUUCCUAAGAGUCAAUCCUUUCGAUAAUAAGCUGUAAUUAUCUAAAGAUGUUAUCAAUAAGUAUCGAUAAAUCAAUACUACGUCAUCAAAAAAACUAGAGACCACAAGAUAAAAUGAACCAAAGUCUACUGUGUAAAAGAAUCUGCCAGGCAUCAAAUUAUAUAGAAAUCUAAUUACUCAAUCAAAUAACACCAAUUAAAAUAAUAUUAAUAAUAUUCAAACUCAAUAGGACGAGCGCAUUGCAACUCAAUACUAAUAAACUUAAGGAAAUAUAGAAGAACUUGAAUAAGGUUCAUGUAUGUCUGACCAUCAAUUGCUAUUUGUAACUAAAUUGGGCAAUAAUCCUAUAUUCUAUAAAGAUUAGUUGCCUUUUACAAAUGAUACAACAUUCAAUAUUGCUACAAAAGAUGGAAAAUGUCCAAUUGAAGUUGACAAUUAAGAAGAGGGUGGGUAUUAAGUUAAGUUAAUAACCAAGUUAGGAAUGUUUAAUCAAUAUGGAGAGGAUAACUUGGAGUAAACUCUGUAUAGAUAAUUGCACGAUGAGUGGAUUACUUUGAUCCCUGAUUUAGAUUCAUUCAUAAAAAAGAAUAAAUAUCAAUUAUCAUCAUAAGAAAAAGAAGUUCUUGAGUUCAUUGAAGGUGAAAAGAAGAGUCAAGCAAAAAACAAAGUUGAUAUGAGACAUUAUAAAUCUGAUGAUGAAACCUUUAAACCUACUUUUAUUAAUUUGAAUCCUCUCAAUACUAAAUACUUGGAUGUAUUAGCAAAUGAGGACUUUUCAGGUUCCAAUUUUAAAUUUGAAGUUGUAGACUAAAGUGAAAUAGAAGAAUUGAGUGAAGUCUUAGAUCUAAUGUUCCCACUCACAGUCUUAGCUAAAAACUCAAUCCAACUAUCAACUUUAAAAUUCAAAUUCAGCAAUCUUAAAUUCAAGGACUCCAAAGAAUCCAAAGAUCUAGCUUCCCAAUUUCUCAGGUGUCAAGCCUAAGCCGUUCAAAAUGUCAAUUAGGCAGUCAAGUCACUGUUCAAAAUUAUGUUAUGGUUAACUGCCUCUCAAGAAGCUUUGGCUUAAGAAAAUUUAAUCUCUGAACCUUUGGUAAGAAGAUAGUGUAUUGCCAGAGAAAUCGGUUGCAUAGACUAUGUAAAUAAGAUAAUCUAUGAGUUAAAUAUCAAUGGGCUAUUAUAUGAAGAUAAAGAUUCAAUCAAGUAGGAUGAGGAGAUGUUUCAAUAGGAUAUCAAUCAACUAAUUGAUUUGCUUUCCUCGUUUUUAUAAUUGGUUUGUAAGAAUUCAAAUGAUAACUCCUUAUACGUCGUCUAAUGGUAUUGUCUCUAUAAGCACAUACUGUUGAGAGGAUAAGUAAACGAUUUGAUGAGACUAGACAUCUUGAUUACUUAAUUGUUCUAAUAGUCAGACGUUAUGGUUUCGUUUGAAUUUGAAGUCACUCAAUUAUCGAAGGAAACCAAAUCUACAAACUACAACAAACAUGCUUUUAAUUUAUUAAUUGCCUUUUGUCUUUUCACUGAGUUUAGAAAGAAGGAGGGCAUCGAAGGAAUAAUUGAUCAUAUCUUCAAGCAAAAUAAGGAUUCCAUAUUUGCAUAGCUCAUAUUUGAUGGCAAUAUUCAAUUGAUUUUGAGGGAAAAGAUCUAGGACUUUUAGAAAACCAUAAGACAAUCUAUGGAUUCAGGUCUUCCCAUUUCAAGUCCAAUCAUGAUAGAGGGCUUGAAUUUUUCGAACAGACUAGCAUUGCACGAUUACAUCAUUUCUUGUGUGAGGUUGGCUUCAGAAAUUUCUAAGUCCUCCCCUGCUUUGACUCUAAAGGAAAUCAAGCACUUAUUUCCCUUCUAUACCGUAGCCAAGAUAAUCCAAGAUAAUAGCAUUUCAUCGUUAACCAAAUCGUACUUUUUGGAGUUAUUCCAGAAUUCCUAUAUGGCUAAACACUUAAAUCCUUUGCCAAGAGCCUAAUUCCCUUAGUAUUUAAAAAUGGUUGUCAAAUAGAACAAAGGGAAAGGAUUCUUAUCAAUGUUUAAAAAAGAAGAGUACGACAUCAUUCUCUAUACAUUUGCAUAGAAGAAGAUUGCUGAUGUCUAUUAAAAGGUGGCCAAAAAAUAUUUGGUGGAAACUGAUACAACUGUUGAUUUUUGGUUAUUUUUAUCAGAUUUCAUCACAAACUUUUGGAAAAGCAAAUCCAUAUAUGAAAUUAAAGGCACUGAUCACAUUUAUAUUAAAUAAUUGAUUUUAACAUUCACAGAGUUCUUAAAAAAAGGAUUAUUCAUUGAAUAUCUUAGCAAUGCUCACAAUUUUUAUAACAUGUACCAUAAAUUCAUUGAAUUCCUGAAGAAUUCUGUCGUUUCAGCUACUCUAGAGGAGAAAUACAUCAAACAUUAGUUGUAGGACAACAAAAAAUCAAAGGAGCAGAAACCUUUAGAAGUGAAGGAUUAUUUGUUUGAGAGUUCAGUGGCAUAAAGGGCAGUGUCUAGAACGACUUAUGCAAAGAGUAUGAUAUGGCUUGAUGAGUUAAUUGAGAUUCUAAUUCUGUUAGAACAAUUUCAGCAAUCGAGAAUGGCAGACCAAUUUAUUAUCACAGAUGACAACUAAACAAUGUUUGAUGAUCUCCAAUACUUAUAGAAGUUUGCCAAGGAUAAAAAGUAUGCAGAUGUAGUUUAAAGGUUGAGAUAAGCCAAACGAGCAAGUUAUCAUACAAGAGGAUAGCAAUCACAAAGUCAACUCAAUCAAAAGGAUAUAUUCACAACUCAAGAGUUGACAACAAUAUUGAGAGAGUGUUCUUAUGCUCGUAAGACUGUGAUCUUAGAAUAUUUAGGAGGUAUAAAAUAAACUGAUAUAUCGUUGGUUUACUUUUUGAUUGAAUUGCUUACAUUAAAUUAAAUAAGACUAUCAGCCAAAGUGACUGAAUUAUUGUGGCUGAUUUAUUCAUCAAGAAGUAACUUUCUUUAAACAUUGAACUAAACUAUCUUGAUUGAGGCAUUUGAUCAAGGAGAGUUACAAUUAUAAGUAAAUUAGAACAUAUUUACAGACUUUUCAAAUAUUUAUUGGAAAUUGCAUUUUGCAAUUAUAGACUUGAAAGAAUCCUUGGAGAAAGACUCUAACAAACAUUAUGAAACAAUUAAUGAUGCCUUAUCAGACAUGUUAGUGAUAUUCUUCCCUGAUUAUGCUGCUAAAUCUGAUAUGUAAAUGUUCAUGGAGAUUAAUUAAUUGGAGAAUGAGGAGAAACAUUACUAGGCACAAGAAGAGAAGAUGGUUAAGAGCAAAAUAAAAUAAGAGGUGGCUGUCAUAGAAUAGUUUGUAUCAAGGGCAGAACUUGAUCUAAUUGACGUCUCAGCACAAAGUCCAAUGAGGGAUUAAUAAAAUGAAUAAUUAUAAUCACUGAAAUCGGCCACAAUCGAUUAGUAAUAAAAGUAUGUUUGGAAAAUCAAUAACUCUCUAUCAAUUGAUGUGUUGACCAUCUAUUAUAGAUAAAAGUUAUUGAGAUACCUGGGAUUUCAUGAUUUGAUGUAUAAAUUGAUUGAAAACCUAAUAUAAGAAACAAGCACUCUAUUUAGAGAGAAGGAUGUCCUUGUAAGCAAUGCAAAUAAGAAAGGAUGGGAGAUUAAGAGCGACAUCUUAGAAAAGAGUAUUCUAUUCUUGAUUUAUUUUGUAAUACGAAAUGAAGAAAACCAAGAGAUGAUACUCAAUUUAAGUAAGAGGAAGGAUUCCUUUCUACAUGAAAUGUCUAAUGUAAAGAGAAAGCAAUUGUAGACUUUAAUUUAUAUUUUGUUUGCUGAACUGUUUAGAGACAAUUACAACAUAUUAUUCUCAUUAGAUAAGUACAACGACGAAAAUUCAAUAUUGGCGAAAUUGUUCGGUAUUUUUGGUAACAACUUUGCAAGUAAAAAUUAUGAAGCAGCAAUCUAUUUCCUUUAAUUUUUAUAAAUCCUAUUGAAAGUAAAAGAGAGUGAAGUUGUGUAAAACUAUUCAGUAAUUAUACAAUUGUUUUAAUCAACUAAACAAUUGGCCACAUUUGCCAAAGAUAUUGCAACUCUGAUCCACACUAUUUAUCUCUUAAGAUUGGAGCAAUUCUUUACUGGCAGCCAUGCACCUCUGCCUCAAACACCCAAUAAUUAAUAAAGGCAUGCAUAAUUUAAUGGAUUCAUUGAAAUGCCUUUAGAGGUGCUAUUCAUGACAGAACUACUAAGAUUAAUGAGAAUUAUCUGUUCCAAGAGAUCAGUUCUCGUUAAUGAAUUCGUCAAUAAACUCUUUCCAGUUACAAGAGUGGCUGAAAUGUUGAAGUAAUUGGACGAAUGGUACCCUUUGAAAUCAGAACUAAUCCUCUAUUUUUAGAGUGUGUUUCUGGAUAAUUUACAAUUCUUAACCUUUGAAGAGAAACAAGAAGUUGUUAAAACCAUUACUGAAGUGAUAUUCAAAUAAAUGACAUUGAGUUUUAUUGAGAAUUAGAAUCUUAAGAAAAUGGCAAAUGCAAAAUUAGUAAAUAACAUAGUAUUCAAUAUCUUUGGAAUAAGAAAUUAGUACACUAGUUAAGAGUUCAUUAUGUCAAUAUCCCACGAGAAAGCAAGCUUUAUCUAUGUGAUUUUUGGAGUCUUGGAAGUGACUGAAAACUUUGUGAAGAAGGUGUUUCCUAAAUUUUUUUAGAGUGAUGAACAAGAACACUUUGAAGAUGUUUAAAAUGAAAUUAUUUUCAUGGCAUAAACCAUAAGUGAAACAGUUCAAAAAGUAAAAGAGUACAUUAAUGAUGUACCUAAUGGAGGCACAGGUGGGAAAAUGAAAAAUUCGAAUUAUAAGAGAAGAAGUGGGUAAAAAACAACUAAAUUGUUUAAUCUAACACAUAAAUUGCUAUCUAGUAACUAGGAUGAAUAGAAUCAGGAAUUGAGCAUUCUGGCUAAAGAAGAUAAUGAAAUUGAUAAGAUCAAUAUAAUUAUGAUAGUUAAAACAAUAGACUCGGUCAAGCUCUCAGAAGUUUCCUUUUAAUUGUAAAGGAAUGAUAUGCAAUAAGCAGAAUAAGGAAUUCUAAAUAAAUGGAUAAAUUCCAUUAAAUCCUAGAGAACCAAACUAGUAGAUGAACAUCUUGUGGCUUCAGAGAGAGAAAAUGAAAUUUAAUAGUUAGUUAAUUUAAUUAUUACUUUAAAACGAGAUGAUACCACCAAAUUUAAGAGAAUGGUAACUGCCCUUAUUUAAAUGUUAUCUGAAACCUCAGUAUCUCCCUCUAUCAAGUUGAAAUCUAUCAAUAUAGUAAGAAAACUAUCUAAUUAUAAAGAAGACUUUCAAGUAACCAAGUCGAUACUUAAGGAUUUGGGUGAACUUGGAUUCACAGAUUUUCUAUGCGAUUUAAUCAAACAAGAGGUUGAUUCUGAAUAAAAGCUCGAAUACAUUAAGGCCUUUGUGGAUUACAUUGAUGAUUCAUCGAGAGAAAUUUAGAACUCCUUUUUAUUGUAUCUACAAAGGGAUGUUCAGAACACCUUUAUAAGAAAUUUGUAAAACUUCAUAACAGACAUGUUCUAAGAUGUCAGAAUGGCAGAGAUAUCUAGAAUAGAGAGGAAUAAUAAGAAUAUAAAUAAGAUAUUGAAUAAUAAGAUCAAUGGUUGCAUUUUGAUAUUUGAAAUGUUUCGUCUAGGUUGUGAAGAUCAUUUUAGUGACAUGUAAAACUUUUUGAGGAUUCAACCUAAUAGUAAAUAACCAAUCAACUUUAUUAUGUUUACAGCUGAAUUAUUCGAGAAAUACGUUGAAAAAAUGAAUGAACAUAACGCAGCUCUAGGUUAAAAAAUACUAGAUUUUUUAAUUGAAUGCGUUUAGGGUCCUUGUCUCGAGAACUAGACUGAAUUAUGUUAAUCUACUAAGAUUUUGGAGGUUCUCGAAUAAAUUAUCAUUCAAUAAAGAGUUGAUAAUGAUAAGUUUUAAAGAAGAGAUAUCGUAUUUUCAAGUUUGAGAAGUAAGGUGUUCUUACUUUAAUUAUCCUUAAUGGAAGGUAAUAGUGAUUAAGAAAUUGCAAAUAAGAUAUCUCAAUAUUUCAAUCCUCAGAUACUCUUCGAGAGAAUAUAAUUAGUUUACUGGAAGAUUAUCAAAAAGAUAAGAAAUACAUAAAUGCAAAUAAAUUUAGAGUUGAAAGUGUUGGAUAGAGUGAAAACGGAAGCUGAAGAAUCUGUAAAUCUGCACGGAAUCAUACAGACCAAGGAUACUAAGGAGACUUUACCUAAUUAAAAUUUAUUCAUGGAGUUCUUCUCGGAGAACUUUAAUAGUUCUCGUGGUCCAUCACAUCUCAGAGAGUCAUAACAAACUUAAGUAAAUGCUAUACAGGAAGAGGAGAUGGAAGAAAUGGUUGGUGAAACCUUUAUGAUGUAUCUAUUACUCAAGAAACUCAGCAAUUACAUUCCCCAAAUCAAAAACUUAACUGAUGGCGAAAACAAUCCCAAAUUGAGAAGAGCUCUGAAUUACUACAAAAAUGAGACUGCCUCCAUUGAAAUUGUGAAUAUGAAUGGCAAAUUAGAGAAAAUAUACUUUUAGGUUCCCACUCUGAUGAAAUAUUUGACAGAAGAAACCAAACACUAAUUCAUGGAAGAAGUAGAAAGAGAUUCUAUCAAUGAUAAGAUCAAUGGCUUGCUAGAUAACAUGGAUAACUUUUAUAUGGAAAUGGUGCAUUUUAUGAAGUUACGAAAAAUCGGAAUCAGAUUUAACAAUAAUUUUAUUGUUUAUCUGAGAAAUGUCUGCAUUAUUUUGGCUCUCCUCUUGAACAUCCUAAUUACAAUAAAUGACACUGAAGAAAAGCUGGCAAACCUUGCCAAAGCCAUAGCUAUUGUGAAUUGCAUUUUGUAUGGAUUGAUUAUGCUCACCUGGGUAUUUAUCAGAAUGCAAUUGGAGUACGAUCGAAUCUAUAAAUAGGUGUCAGAUUUGAUCCAAUUAAAUUACAAUAAGAAAUCGAAUCAAGGAUAGACUUAAUAGGUCAAUCCAAAAACAGUCAUUUAUCCUUUCCAAAUUACAUUAUUGCAAGCAUUCUUAAUUAUAAAACGAAUGUUAUUUAGUAGUUACACCUUUUAUUGGUUCUUAUUGCUGGUCAUCAAUUUGUUGGGUUUGCUGUAUAAUAAAUUAUUUUAUGGGUUUCUACUGUUGGAUAUCAUAGAUCAUUCGCAAGUGUUAAGAAAUGUCAUCAAAAGUAUUUCACUCAAUUACAAACAACUUUUGAUGACAGCCUUAUUGGGAGUCUUAAUCAUGUAUUUGUACUCUUUGGUCGCAUACUAAAGCACUGAUUUUAAAUAAUAAUUGAAAGAUGGCAAUGAUAAUAAUGGAGAUGAUGAAGUUACUGAUCCUUUAGAUUAGACGGUCUGUUACUCUGCAUUUUAAUGUCUUGUGUAUGUAAUUCACUAAGGUUUACGAGCAGGUGGAGGAAUAGGAGAUGCUCUUGAAGCACCUCCGACUCAUUCAAACUUAAACUAUUAUUCAUAGAGAGUUCUUUAUGAUGUGACUUUUUUCAUUCUCAUUAAUAUCAUUUGGCUGAAUAUCAUCUUUGGUAUUAUUAUUGAUACCUUUGCUGAAUUGAGAGAUUAGAAGAAUCAAAAAGAUUUCGAUUCUCAGAACAGAUGUUAUAUUUGCGACUUAACAAGAACAGUAUUUGAAAAAGAAGGUAUAUCUUUCGACAAUCACGUUCAAAAAUAUCAUAACCCUUGGAAUUAUCUGGCUUAUUUGCUAUACUUAAAAGUGAAGCAGAAAACCGAGCAUACAGGCACAGAAUCAUAUGUCUAUAGUAAAUUCCUGCAAAAUGAUAUAAGUUGGUUGCCCAUUUAAAAGGCACUUGAUUUAGAAUUAAUUGCAGAACAAUAGUAAAAAUAAACAAUUAAUAUCAACAUCGAAGAACACAACUAAAAAUCGCUACAUUGA